AGCCGGGGACCCCGAGGGCGCCGCCCCGCUGCGCCGCAGGAGUCGGAGGCCGAGCGUGGAGCCGGGAACCCGGGGCGGCGGCGGCGUGCGGAACCCCGAGGACGCAGCCAUGCCGGGCGGGGCGGACGCAGGCGAGGCGGACGAGGAGGCCGGGGCCGGCUCGGGUUCGGAGGCCGAGGAGGACGCGCUGUGGGAGCGGAUAGAGGGCGUGCGCCACCGGCUGACCCGCGCCCUGAACCCCGCCAAACUCACGCCGUACCUGCGCCAGUGCCGCGUGCUGGACGAGCAGGACGAGGAGGAGGUGCUGAGCACCUACCGCUUCCCGUGCCGCGCCAACCGCACCGGGCGCCUCAUAGACAUCUUGCGCUGCCGUGGUAAGAGGGGCUACGAGGCUUUCUUGGAAGCCCUGGAGUUCUACUAUCCCGAACACUUCACGCUGCUCACUGGCCAGGAACCCGCCCAGCGCUGUUCCAUGAUCCUCGAUGAGGAGGGACCCGAGGGCCUAACCCAGUUCUUGAUGACCGAGGUGCGGCGGCUGCGGGAAGCUAGGAAGAGCCAGCUGCAGCGAGAACAGCAGCUGCAAGCUCGAGUCCGGGCGCUGGAGGAGGAGCGGGCCGGGCUGGAGCAGCGGCUGCAGGAGCAACAGCAGGCACAGGAGCGCUGUCAGCGGCUACGGGAGGACUGGGAGGCCAGUAGCCUGGAGCUGCUGCGGAUCAAGGAUGAGAAUUACAUGAUCGCCAUGCGCCUGGCUCAGCUCAGUGAGGAAAAGAACUCUGCUGUGCUUCGAAGCCGGGACCUGCAGCUGGCGGUGGAUCAGCUCAAGCUUAAGGUCAGCCGGCUGGAGGAAGAGUGUGCCCUGCUUCGGAGGGCCAGGGGGCCAUUGCCUGGGGCUGAGGAGAGAGAGAAGGAGAAGGAGCCAGACAGUGCAGAUCUGCUCUCUGAGCUGCGGGCUGAGAACCAGAGGCUGACCGCAUCCCUGCAGGAGCUCCAGGAGGGUGUGCAACAGGAAGUGAACCGGCCAGGGGCCCCAGGCUCUGAGCGAAUUCUGCUGGACAUCUUGGAGCAUGACUGGCGGGAGGCGCAGGACAGCAGGCAGGAGCUGUGUCAGAAGCUGCAUGCUGUGCAGGGCGAGCUGCAGUGGGCGGAGGAGCUUCGGGACAAGUACCUGCAGGAGAUGGAAGACCUGCGACUCAAGCACCGCACGCUGCUGAAGGACUGUGACCUGUACAAGCACCGCAUGGCCACCGUGCUGGCCCAGCUGGAGGAAAUUGAGAAGGAGCGGGACCAGGCCAUCCAGAGCCGAGACCGGAUCCAGCUGCAGUAUUCCCAGAGCCUCAUCGAGAAGGAUCAGUACCGCAAGCAGGUGCGGAGCCUGGAGGCAGAGCGGGAUGAGCUGCUCACCACAGUCACCGGCCUGGAGGGGGCCAAGGCCCUGCUGGAGUCACAACUGCAGCGGAUGCAGGGGGGCUCCUACCUCAAGGCCUGUGCCUCCUCCCACUCCUUGUGCUCCAACCUCAGCAGUACCUGGAGCCUCAGUGAGUUUCCGUCCCCGCUGGGAGGCCCGGAAGUCACUGGGGAAGCUGGGGGAUCUGAGCCCCACACCUCGGAGGAAGCCACAGACAGCGAGAAAGAGAUCAACCGGCUCUCCAUUCUGCCCUUCCCCCCCAGUGCUGGCUCCAUCCUCCGUAGGCAGCGUGAGGAAGACCCAGAACCCCCUAAGAGGUCUUUCAGCAGCAUGUCGGAUAUCACAGGGAGUGUGACCCUGAAGCCCUGGUCCCCUGGCCUCUCUUCAUCUUCUUCCUCUGACAGUGUGUGGCCUUUGGGGAAGCCGGAAGGCCUCCUAGGCCGGGGCUGUGGUCUGGACUUCUUAAACAGGUCUCUGGCUAUCCGAGUGUCUGGCUGGAGCCCCCCAGGGGGCCCAGAGCUCCAGGAUAGAGGUGCAGAUAGCUUGCCGUUCCUUGGUGACAGAUGGUCUGGGGGAGUGGUGCGAAGGGUGCUGUCAGGGCCUGGGUCAGCUAGGACAGAACAGAAAGAGCCAAGGGCGGAAGGUGCCGGCUUGGAGGGAGCCAGCCUGGAAGCUGAGUCCCAGCAGAGGACCUUGUCCCGGAACCAGGGCUCUACACUCCCCUUCCUACUGGACUCAAAGGCCUGCCAGUCCUUCCAUGAAGCCCUAGACGUCUGGGCCAAGGGGCCAGGCUCUGAGCCCUUCUACAUUCGAGCCAACCUCUCCCUGCCUGAGCGAGCAGAUCCCUAUGCCCUUUGUGUAAAAGCCCAAGAGAUCCUGAGGCUGGUGGACCCAGCUUACAAGCGGCGGCAGGAAUGGUUCUGCACCCGAGUGGACCCCCUCACACUACGGGACCUGGACCGGGGCACAGUACCCAAUUAUCAGCGAGCUCAGAAGCUUCUGGAAGUUCAGGAAAAAUACCCAUCCCCCAGCAGGCACCGAAGCCCACGCAGCAAUCUGAAGAAAAGAGCCCUGGGGCUUGUGAGACCCAAGCCUUCAGGGAGCGCUGCAGGGGACUCAGUUGAACAACCGUCUGUAGAGCCCUGUUCAGAGCUGGAGCAGAGCCUCAAACCCUACAGCCUGGUGCGGCCACUGCUAGUGUCUGCACUGCGGCCUGUGGUGCUCCUGCCCGAGUGUCUGGCACCCCGACUCAUCCGAAACCUUCUGGAUCUGCCCAGCUCCCGGCUGGAUUUCCAAGUGUGCCCAGCUGAAAGUCUCUCUGGAGAGGAACAGUGCUCAUCCUCGGCACCUGGAGCCCCUAAGGCCCAGCCCACCACCCCUGGGUUGGGCAGCAGGAUCCGCACCAUCCAGGAGUCUGUUGGGAAGAAGCACUGUCUGUUGGAGCUGGGUACUGGGGGCGUGCGAGAGCUGGUGCAGAGUGAGGUUUACCCCAUUGUCAUCCAUGUGGAAGUGACUGAGAAGAAUGUCCGGGAGGUCAGGAGCCUGCUGGGCAGGCCAGGCUGGCGGGACUCAGAGCUGCUUCGUCAGUGCCGUGGCUCGGAACAGCGGCUUUGGGGACUUCCCUGUUCCUGGGUGCAGGUGCCUGCCCAUGCGUGGGGCCAUGCAGAAGAGCUGGCCAAAGUGGUCCGUGGCCGCAUCCUGCAGGAGCAGGCCCGCCUCGUGUGGGUGGAGCAAGGUAGUACCCGAGGUGGCAGCGGCAGCAGCAGUGAGGCCUGAGGGCCCAUCCUGUGCCCAAGUUGCCAUCAACCAUCUGAGUGUCUUUCAUCUGGUGCCUGGGCCUCUUCCAUUGGAUGCCUGUGCUGCAGAGGCUACCGGCUCUUGGGACCCCCAUGUCAGUGGUAGAGUCAGGCCUUCCCCAUCCUGGAACCUUCCUUGACCCAUGGACUCUCUGAUGUGGGACUUCAACCCUGUGCUCUCACUGGAGUCUGUCACUGGCACUGUGGGACUGUGGGAGUCCAUGGGGUGCAGCUUGCACCUGCCCCUGUACUUGCUGCUCUGGGUGCCCCACCAGUCCCAAUGUCCCCGUGUUUCCAUUCCUGGGUCUUCCGUGUGUCUGUGCCCUCCGUACACACACCUUGGAGUCAAGUUCUCACACCUGUGCCUGACUUUGCACACUCAUGUUCUCAUGGCAUUGGUUCUGUCCUUCCACCUGGGGCACACAAAGUCCCUGGCGUCCUCAGCGUGCUCUGACCAGCACUGUGUGGUCCCACCACCCACUCACAUUUUUUGUGUGUGCCAUCACGCAUGGACACCGUGGCUGCCCUGGUUGAAUCUCAUCUGUGUCCCUCAUGUCUCCUUAUGUGUGUCCUACUGUGUAAAUGACACUGGACACUAAGAAACAUGUGUUUCAGUGAGCACACCCAGCACAUGUUUCACGGCCAGCUUCCUGCCCUGCACCUGCCUCUGGGUAGCCAGGGUGAUGGUGGCUGCUCGGCCACCAGAAUGUAUGGGUCGUGGUUAACUCCCAGGUCCUUCCACUCAAGUUGCACAUAAUGAGUCAUUAAAGUUUGUCAUAGAA